AUGCGUAGAAUCCCAUCCUUUUUUGAGGCGCCCGCCACUUUGGCUACCGCGAUUUCGAGUAGGAGCCACCACUGCGGCGGCAGUUUUGGUGGAAAUGAUGGGCGGAGCAGCCGCACGGACGGCGGGGCCAAUUAUUCCCCCUGCUGCUCCACACAUGGGAUUCGGGGCCACCUUAACUUGGCCCCGCUUCCACACCCGACGCAGUUGGAGGCGUUGCCGUUCCGGAGUGAGCAGUGGCGUCGGGCAUUCUGUCAGUUGUACCGCGUCAUCUUUAAACUGCACCGGUCACGCCUGCUCCCCGUGCAACGCGAGUUUGGUGACCGCUUUGUGCAGGUGGAGUUCCAGCGACACAUGGAUGCCACUGAGAAGCAUGCGCGCAUUUUUUACCAAUCGUGGUACGGGUAUGUGGCGCAGCUGGAGGCCGGCGAGACAUCACGUGAAUUUACGGAGGAGGAACGAAGUCAAUUGACGCCGGAGCAAAAAGAGACACUGCGUGAAUUGCGAGGGCACGUGAUGCGGGUGCGUCAGACAGACCCGGACUUUGCGCUCUGA